AAUCAAUUACUCUAUUUAAUUAUCUCUACCCACCACUUUACUUUCCGAAAGCUUCCUAUGCGAUAUCGUUGGUCAGCUGUUUUUGACACACCGAUUUGUUUAUAAAAUGGUAAACAAACUAAUCAUAAGUUUUCUGCACUAAUAUUUCAUUUGAGAAUGUUGCAAACAUCUGCUGUUAAAUUUGUGAAUCCACGUUAUGGGCAACUGGUAAUUGGUCCACCUGGUUCUGGUAAAACAACUUAUUGCCAUCACGCCUACAAUUUCUACAAAGAGCUGGGUCGUGAAAUUGGCGUUGUCAAUCUCGAUCCAGCGAACGAGAAUAUGGAAUAUAAACCAAUAAUCGAUGUAAUGCAGCUUAUUACAGUAGAGGAUGUUAUGGAACAAUAUCACCUGGGUCCAAAUGGCUCCCUAAUGUACUGUGCAGAGUUUUUGGAAGCACAUUUCGAAGAUUGGUUUUUACCAGAGCUGCGUAAAGCAGCUGCCACAUGCAACUAUUUCCUCUUUGACUGCCCGGGACAAGUAGAAUUGUACACACAUCACACUGCUAUGGCUGCCAUCUUCGCGCGUUUGCAAAAGGAAGGUUAUCACUUGGUUACAGUAAAUCUUAUCGACUCACACUAUUGCUCGGAGUCUACAAAAUUCGUUUCAACACUGCUGCUCGCCUUAAAUAUGAUGCUGCGUAUGGGCUUGCCACAUGUAAAUGUGCUCUCAAAAGCCGACCUCUUGCGUAAACAUGAAUCAAAAUUGCAAUUCAAUUUAGAUUACUAUACAGACGUAUUGGAUUUGAAGUAUUUAUUAGAAUCGCUUGACGAUACACCAACAAUGAAGAAAUAUCGCAAAUUGAAUGAAGCAAUCUGCUCGAUGGUGGAGGAUUAUGCAUUAGUAUCAUUUCAACUGCUCAAUGCGCGUAGCACAGCGAGUUUGCUACGCUUACGGAAUCACAUCGACAAGGCUAAUGGUUAUAUAUAUAAGGCAGGCGAAGAGACGGCGGUUAAUGCGUUAAUGGCAUGUGCGGUUGGUGCGGAGGCUGAGUCUAUGCGGCAAGCACAUGACAUUGAUCCGUAUGUUACAUGAGUUGGAUGUGACGUUUUUGUAUAUUUAAUAUAUUAAAUAAAAAUAAUGCAUUUUUGUAUUGUA